AUGGAGGGAGAGAUCGGAAAACGAUCGGAGACGACGGAAUCAGAGAUGGGUUUUGUCGAGGUGGAAGAAUCGGCGGCGAUAGUGGGAGGUGGCAGAGGAGACGGCGAUGGUGGAUACGGCGGCGAUGCGGCGGUUGGGGAAGGGACGAGUGGAAGAGGAGGUAAAGAGACAGUUAAAGGACCGUGGUCGCCGGAGGAAGAUGCUGUGUUGAGUCUGCUUGUUGAGAAGUUUGGACCGAGGAAUUGGAGUUUGAUGGCACGGAGUAUUCCUGGUCGGUCAGGCAAGUCUUGUCGUCUUCGAUGGUGUAAUCAGCUCGAUCCAUCUGUUAAACGCAACUCAUUCACCGAUGUAGAGGAUCAAGCUAUCAUCGCAGCACAUGCAAUCCACGGAAACAAAUGGGCUGUAAUCGCCAAGCUCCUCCCAGGAAGAACAGAUAAUGCUAUCAAGAACCACUGGAACUCCACUCUAAGACGUCGAUGCACUGAUCUUGAAAGAGGGACAACGAAUAUAGGAACUGGAAACUUAGUCAUGGAAGAUUCUGGAUUUGAUAGAACGACGAAUAUGAUAGCCUCAUCGGAAGAAACUUUAUCUUCAGGCGGUGGUGGCCAUGUAACUACCCCACUUGUAUCAUCAGAAGGAAAAGAAGAUACCUCCAUGGAAAUGUCUGAAGAACAAUGCGAAGAGAAAUCAAACGGAGAAGGCACUUCUAGGCAAGAAGUGAAUGAUCCUCCAACGCUUUUCCGCCCGGUAGCUCGGCUCAGUUCUUUUGAUGUGAACAAUCACAUUGAAGGGUCUUCCUCUCCACAUAUACAAAACCAAAAUCAGUUCCAAUCAUCUAAACAAGACACAGCAAUGCUAAGAUUGCUUGAAGGAGCUUACAGCGAACGGUUUGUGCCUCAGAAUUGCGGACGUGGUUGUUGUAGCAACAAUCCCGUCAGCAGUUUUCAGCAAACCUCAUUGUUGGGUCCAGAGUUUGUGGAUUACUUAGACCCACCAACGUUUCCAAGUUACGAACUAGCUGCUAUAGCAACAGAUAUAAGCAGCCUCGCUUGGCUGAGAAGUGGUUUAGAGAGCAGCAGCGUGAGGGCGAUGGAAGAAGCAGCUGGUCGGUUAAGGCCUCAAGGCUCAAGGGGACAUCGAGAUCGUUAUCUUGUAUCUGAACAAGGAAAGAACAUACCCAAUGUCCUAUCCACAUAA